UCUUUCUUGUUUUACAGUAACAAUGAAUGCUGGCACACAGAGUAUUGAGAUGUCUGAAGAAACUGAGGUCCUGCCCACAGAAACUGAGCAGAACUAUGAACCCAGCGUGAUCAACCAAGUCAUCCAUUUUCGGGUCAAUAAAGAAAAGUAUGCUGUUUCCUGUAAGCCAUCCAUGACUGUACUAGAGGCACUGAAGAGAAGCAAAAGAUUCAGAGGGAUCCAACUAAAGAACCACGGCAAAGAAAUCAUUAUCCAGAGAGAGAAGUUUCCAGAAGCUGUUGUGAACCUUGGCUUUCCCUGCAGCCUUGUUGAAGAACAGGAGACGCUAGAUGUCAGCUUCAUCAAAGCAGAAGCUCCCUCACCAGCUGGUGAAACAGCACUGAACCCCCCACAUACCCUAAGAGCUGAAGAUCUGGUCACCUUCAACAUAAGAAGCAAAGGUGGCAAAAAUAUCAGGCAAAUUAUGAAAAAUCAAGAGCUGAAGCUUGAGUUUGAUUUUGUGUGUGUUCAUGCAAGGAGAGGAGAGAACCUGAGAAAAGCUUUGAAGAGGGACGGGAGGUUCACGGAUGUCAUUUUUAGUAAGAAGUGCGCUGUUAUUGAAUUAGAAUCUGAGGUGAUCACUGAAAUGUCAAACGAGUAUCAUCUAGAUGGGAAGAAUUUACAGGUAAUUCGCUUUGAGGAUUCUGCUCAGUUGGUUAGCUCUAAAGCAGCAGGAAGCAGGAAGGUGUGGAGGACCAUGAGUGAUGUUUCUGAUAUAACACCGUCUGGUUCACAAACUGAAAACCCUAGAAAGCUUGUGCGCACUAAACCAAGAGAACUGGCUAAAACUUCCCUGAAAUCCGUGGAUGUGACGGCUGUUCUCCAAGCCUGUAAAAGGAUCCCAAACUCUGAAGAGCUGUUUAAGACUCUUUCUACACAGUGUAGGUUUUUGUUGAAUAAGAUGAAAAAGGAGAGCAGCCUUAAGUCCUACAGGGAUCUCUUCAGAGUGGAGUAUGACAAAGGUACCCAGAGUUUCUCUACAGUAAGGAACGGAAAGAGACUGAUGCAGCUGUCAGAUUCUGUUUGCAAGAUAAGCAUUGAUGGGAAACCAACCGGAACUGGGUUUCUGCUCUUUGAGAAGUUCAUCCUCACCUGUGCACACGUGAUUGACUGUGAACCACAGAAGCUAAAAGAACCGGUUACUGCAGAAUUUGACUAUGAAGAUGAUAAGACAAAGCAAGUCUUUCAGGUGAAGGAAGAUAUUGUAUGUCUCUCCUAUGAAGUGGAAGGUGAGGGACCAUUUCUUGAUUUUGCAUUAUUUGAAUUGGGGGAACUCAUUCCAGAAGCAGGGGGAUCAAUAAAGUCUGCUCAGACAGCUGAAUCAACACCCCCUGCUCUGCUAAAGGCUUCCACCAGCUCUGCCAAGACAAAGGUUACCAAGAGCAUUUGCAUCAUUGGGCACCCAUAUUGUUGUAGUAAGAAAUAUGAUAUCUGUUCUGUGAUUAGGGAUGAUAAAUGGAAGAGGACUACAAACAACCGCCUUUCUCACAUAACAGACAAGGUUCUGCACAUUAUAUCAGAGAUGUCAUUAGAAGAUGAUUGGAACUACAACUCCUCCCAGAUUACCUACAACACUUGUUUUUUUGGUGGUUCAUCUGGCUCUCCUGUCUUUAACAAGAAGUGUGAGCUGAUUGGUAUUCAUACUGGUGGCUAUGCAUAUGAGGACAACAAAAAUAAAUUCAGAAGCUUGAUGGAAUAUGGCUUUCCCAUUGGGCCAGUCCUGAAGCGCAUCAUGAUACAGUUGAGGGAGACAAGAAGUGAUGUUGUGACCGUCUUUGAAUCUCUGGUCCUUCAACAGGACAAUGUAGACUCUCCUACUGACACAGAUUUCCAUACCACCCCACUUUACCCAAUGAUCAAAUCAGCCCAAGACAAAAGAGACAACAUCAAUGACAAAACACCAAAACUGAAUUUGUCUUAAGGAAACAAAGAAAAAACAGCAAGAAAGCAGGUGCAGUAUGAAGGGUAAAACCAGAUGCUCUUACAAAGCAUCUGUCUGCACCACUGUGACGCAGUGAUGACUGACAUUCUACAUUACACUCACCGGCCACUUUAUUAGGUACACUAUAGAUCGCUUGUUAACACAAAUAGCUACUCAGCCAAUCACACGGCUGCAGCUCACUGCAUUUAGGC